AUGAAAUUUCUGACUUUGUUUUUGAUAUUUGUAAUCGCCAGCGCGAACAUUUUUGAUGUACAGGCCAACGACCUACCGAGCCUAGCAUUUAAAAGAAUACGCCAAUUCAAGUAUACCAGUAGUGGAACGCUCAAGCGACGGAAUCAAUCAAACUUGACAGAUGUCGGCGACGACACUGCUUAUAUAUCAACUGUUACAAUAGGAACACCACCUCAAGCAUUUACCUGUCAAAUAGAUACUGGCUCCUCUGAUUUAUGGGUACCUGACGUUUCGUGUGCUGGAGCAGGAUGCACUGGCAAGCACGGAUUUUCUUCCAGUGCCUCAACCUCGUAUGGGGGUGACGGUGUUCCUUGGAACAUUUCUUAUGCCGAUGGGUCAGCUGCAUCAGGAGUGACAGCAACUGAUAUAGUAACAUUUGGUGACGUCACAUUACAAGGUCAACAGUUUGCGAGGGCAACGAGCUUGAACAACAACUUCCAAAGCCAGACUUUCGAUGGAAUCAUAGGGUUAGGCGGACCUCAACGGGCUAGUGUUCCAGGGACAGUAACGCCAAUUCAAAACAUGAAAAAUCAAGGUUUUAUAACCGCCCGCUCAUUCGGUGUAUGGUUAGGCAAAUCAACCGAGGGCGGCUCAGGAGAAAUCACUUUCGGCGGGUUCGAUCCUGAUCACAUAGUCAGCGAUCUAACUUCAAUUCCUCUUAUCGCAAGCUUUGACAGCACUGGGGAUUGGGCGGUCCAAUUAAGCCAAAUAUCUAUUGGCAGUCAGAACAUUGCACUUACACAAGCGAACGGUGUUGCCAUAUUAGAUACUGGAUCAUCAGUUAUUUUUGUACCGUCCACUCUAGCGGAUCAGAUUAACACAGCAUUAGGUGCUGUUUUCUCGUCUCAGGCACAGGCGUAUCUAAUACCAUGCGACGCAACGCCGCCGGAUAUGGCGUUUACUUUCGGAACUGCAUCUUUCACCGUCCCAGGCACCGAUUUGGUUCUUCAACAAGGAGGAGGAGUAUGUGAGAGCGCUAUUAUCCCACUUGACGUUGGCGGCGGUGUGUCAUUUCUUCUGGGCGAUACUUUCUUAAAGAACAAUUAUGCCUACUUCGACAUGGAUGGGUCAGUUAUCGGACUUGCCCAGGCUAAACGAUAG